AUGGUUUCCACUCGUCGCAAGAAGGCUGCAAUUUCUGCUGAGUUUAUCGAAGACUCAGAUGAGUCCGACGGGAACGAGACUUAUCAGGAGGAAGAUCACUUACCCACCGAACUCUAUUCAAGUUCAUCGGAUGAGUGUGGUGGAGAGGAUGAUGACGAGGAGGAGGAGGAGGAGGAGAAGGCAGAAAUGAGUGAGCCGGAGAUUGUAGAGGUGCCAACAACCCCACGUAAACGUGGGAGACCUCGCAAGGCCCCUGCCGCUAUGCCUACCCCCGCGAAGUUUGUUAUUUGCACUUGUGCAAGAGGGCCAUUGCAAGCAUGGCAGAUACGAGUCCUUUUUAUAUUCAGGAAGCUACAAUGCAGCACCACAACAUUCACAUUUUUGAUUAUUCAGGAAACUAGUCAUGUGACCACCUCCUGA